CACACACACACACACACACACACACACACACACACACACACACACACACACACACACAGUUGAUCAUUCCAAGUUCACCUCCCCUUUUCUCACAAGCUCACUCCCGGACUCUCCAGCUCAGUUCUUCGUCCCGCGGCCGCUUCCACUCGAGUGGAUUCAUGCUCGGCCCUCACCCUAUUUGCCCGCCAUGCAGAACAACCACGCCAAAGAACACCUCUACAAAAUCCUGGUCAUUGGAGACCUGGGUGUGGGCAAGACCAGCAUCAUCAAGCGCUAUGUGCACCACAACUUCAGCCCAAACUACAGAGCCACCAUCGGCGUGGACUUUGCCCUCAAAGUGCUCAACUUGGACCAGGAGACUGUGCGCCUCCAACUCUGGGACAUUGCAGGUCAAGAGAGAUUUGGCAACAUGACCCGCGUAUAUUACCGCGAGGCAAUGGGUGCCUUCAUUGUGUUCGACGUGACAAGGCCCGCCUCCUUCGAGGCAGUCACCAAAUGGAAGGAAGACUUGGACUCCAAAGUGACACUAGCCAAUGGAAAGCAUGUGGCCACGGUGCUCCUGGCUAACAAAUGUGACCAGGGCAGGGACGUACUCACCAAUAAUGGAAUAAAGAUGGAGCAGUUCUGCCAGGAGAAUGGCUUUGUGGGAUGGUUCGAGACAUCUGCUAAGGAAAACAUCAACAUUGACGAGGCGGCAAACUGCUUGGUGAAACAUAUCAUUUCCAGUGAGAACGACAUGCUCCAAUCGGAAGUCCACGACACCAUCACCCCCCACUUAGAGACGGACAAAGGCGGGACAUGCUCCUCCUGCUUCAGAUCGCAGUAAUGGCUCGUGACGCGUAGGCGUCCUUGUGUAUGUCAUUCCAUGCAAAGUUGGUCCGUGUGCAGAGGCUGAGCUUGGUGAUUUUAGGGACAAUGUUUUUUUUUCUCCUCUGACAGCUCGCUUUGGCAGCGGAAUGAGCGGGUGAAAGAAAAGGUUGCGAAAGAACAAUAGACAGGCCUGCGCGUGCCUGUCAAAGACAAGGUCACUCGCAUCUUUAGCACUUCUGUAACCAUGGAAACGCAGUUACUCAAUGAACGCAUGCUCAGAGCGAGUGCAACAAAUGAGAGAAUAUCUCUGCUAAAGGUUCAGAUCUUCAAUCCAUGUUGGCUGUCACUCCUCAUGACCUUUGCAUCUCAGUCUCUCGCCCACACUUUGGUUUCCUUCACUCGAUUGUUUCAUUUUCGGUCUCCUUUCUGACUACAGAGUGUGUUCCUUAUUGCCUUUGCAAUGAUCCAAAGAAGCCAACAGCAAAGUCAUGACAGACUUUCAUACACUACCCGGAAGAGCUGCUUGCCUAACAGGCACAUUUCUUGCUCGUUUGUAAGGCUAAACAUUACCACACACAGGCAAACACUUGCGGGUGUUGCUCUCGAUGACAUCGGGCUUCACAUGACGUAAGUAUGCUGCCAUCUAAUAUGUACAUACAUCACAUGCGUUGCCACCAUUCAAACAUUCCUCUGACACGAGUACACGUGACAAUAUGAUUCGAUUUAUUCUUAGUCGAAUCUGUUUUUAACAGACCGUUAGCAUCUCAAUUGGAGUCGUCAUCCAUUCAUGCACAGUCCUAACGUAACUGCACUGCCCAUGAAAAUCAUUUGUGAUGGGCGGAUAUGUUAGAGGACUGUAAUUUUCAUGAUUACUAAGUUCUUUAUUAAUAUACGGUCUUAGACGUUACGUUAGAGGAUUGUAAUUUUCAUGAUUACUAAGUACUUUAUUUAUAGAUGCACUUAGAGGAUAUGAAAACAUGAUAUUUGUAUACUCUGGAUAGAUUUGAAUAUACUUCCAAAAUUUAAUAACAACUGUUUUAAAGAUUAGCACAACAAAUGUAUUUUACGCUUUGGUGGUUUCUGCACUCGCUACAACAUGCUUUGCAAUUAUUGAGGUGGUACUAGCCAAAGAUCUGAAUAGAAGACGAGAUACGCCCCGCUAUGCGACAUGCCUACGUAGGGGCCACAUUAGUGGGGGCAAUCUUAUCAUCAAUGGCAAAGCAUGGAUAAUAAAAUAAUUCACAUUUCUAAUUGGAGUUUCAUUUUUUGGUUUGGUUUACUUUGUGGCAAAAAUGACAGAAUGUGAGAUCAAAACAGAGCAAGUGAAAACAGACUAAAAAUAAAAUACCAAUCUUACCAGUUCCCCCAUUACCGUGCAACACUGUGUGCAAGAGUAUCCAACACAAUAUAUAAUUGGUCUACAGAGAAAUCGGGCAUAGGUUCCAUUGUUUGGAAUGCAAAUAAAUGCGUACAUGUUUUAAUGCUUUAAUUCUUUUGUAAUUCAUUCAUCGUAAUUAAUAUAUAUAUACAGUGAUUCCUCACUACUUCGCGGUUCGUUUAUUGCGGCUUCACUGCAUUGCGGAAGUUGUUAUAAGUUCUAAAAACAUAUUUGCAGUGUUCUACUUUGUCAUAAAAGAAGUUGUUAUAAUAAAAGACUUCUGAAAACAUAUUUACAGUAUUGUACCUUGUUAUAGAAAGUUGUAAUAAU